AUGGACGUUGCAUCAAUAUGCUCGGCUCUGCCUCCAACUCCCUCUCCACCGCCUUACGACCACUCCUCACACACAAAUUUUACGCAAAAAGCGACGACUGCCUCUCGAGGCGCACUUCCCCCAACGAAAUUAUUGUCGCUACCGUCUCAAGAUUCGCAUCAUACAAAAAUAAAUGAAGACAAGCCGAGGCUAAUCACCACCCCUUUCAACAUUCCUUUUUCAGGACAAGAGAACAGGCGAUCAACAGCUCAUGUUCCUCAUCACCGUGUAGAUGUCGUUGGCAGCCAUCUUCUAUCACCUCCUGCAUGUCUCGCAACUAAAAAACUUGACAUUCGACUUCCUUCGAUCAAUAUUAAUUCCGCGUCGCAUUCACAUCAACCCAAGUACUCGCAUUACAUUCCUUCUCCUUCUCCUCCGCCUGCAAUUCCUCCCUAUAAUGCUAACCAGCAAACGUCGCGGGUCCAACAACCCCCGAACUCUCAUUCUACAAACUUUGCCCCACUAAACAUGUCCCCGCAAACGCAUUCUGGCUGGAACAGCCCACCAUCCUCGUCUGCACUUUCCCUUCAAGCUCAUUCACAGUCUUCCCAGCAGCAAUUGCAGACUCCACCUCUGUCAACUAAACCUUCUGUUUACCCUUGCAUUGAAUCGAAAACGCCAAUCUAUUCCUCUUCUUGUAGUAUCUCAUCCAAUUAUCCAUAUAAUCAUCAUUCAUCGUCGAGUUGGACUCAUGAGAAAACAAUACUCGAAUUGGAUAAGAUAAGAGAGCAAAUCUUUGCGUUUAAUCAAGCCGCAGUUCACUAUAUUGGUGAGAUAAAAACUCAAUUUCAUGAUCAAUUGUAUCCUUGGGCCAAUGUGCGAUCAGGAGGAACAACUCGACACCCGCUCCAGCCAGAAAAUGCUGUAGACGAGUUACUAGUCAGGGCACAUGACAUUGUACAAGUUUUGAAAUUUAUAAUCUUUUACUUGAUGUACAGCAGUUCCAAUAAUAUUUGCAAAUCAAAGAUUAAUUUGUAUCAUAUGUUAACUAUUAAAGCGAGAGGACAACGGCUUUUGCCAGCAAGUGCCGGAUUCCAACCCCUCGGGGCGAAAAUACCGCAAACGGACCAUCGUGUUGAUUUACUUUUGUGGAUGACAGUUUAUGAACCUGCAUGCACAAAGCGUGCUGCACCUCCGGGUAGAUGUCACUCAUGCCACAUAUCCGAGACGCCCGAGUGGAGACGAGGUCCAGAUGGUGCAAGGACCCUGUGUAAUGCAUGUGGAUUGCAGAAAGCAACAUUAUCAGAAGCCCAAUAUCGCGAACCUGAAGUCGAUGGCCAAGCGCGUACAAAGUGCCAAAUUGACAAUAAUAAACCUCUUAAAGAGACUACUGUUGUUUCGUGUCCUUUAUUAGGCGCAAAAGAGACUACUGUUGAUGAUCUCAAUAAGAAAACCAAUAAGUGA